UGUCUUGCAGGAGGAUCGAGGUGGACUGACAAUGGCUCGUUGAUCGCUGACUUUGGCGUCCCGAUCAAUUAUUCUCCUGUUGACUAGGCUAAAGGAGGCAACCAUAGGAGAUUCGAUGUCAUCUAUCCGAGACACGGUUUGGGAUGUAAAAACUGUAGGGUCCGUUUUCAUGCAUUACCCCUACCAUCAUGGCCGACGAGGAGAUAGUCAGAGGCCUGGACGUGGUUCGAAUAUGCCAGCUGGUGGCCACCACAGUCGUUUUGUAUGAUCAUGUUAUUACUUUUGGCCAGGAGGUGGAAUACAUCUGGAGCAAGCAGUGGUCGGCUUCAAAAACGUUAUUCAUCCUGAAUCGUUACUUGGGGGAAUUUCUGUUGAUGUACGCAUCUUAUGUUAUCCGCGAUGUUUUCUUUCGUUUUCAGGGGUACUUUAACGCACUCCUUAUCUGUAUUGGGGGAGCAGUGAUGAGUCUUAGAGUGGUGGCGAUGCACGAAGCAUCGAAGAAAAUCCUCACCCUAGUCGGCGUCCUUCUCUUCGGGGAGUUAAUUUCAAUGGUGACUGUGCUCAGCCUCUCAUUUAGGACAGUCAAAGGUCUGGCCACGUUUCAUCCAUAUUCAUAUAGAAGGUUACUCACUAUAGCUGUAGUUUUGCAGCAGUCCAGUGUACAUGCUUGCAUCGCUUCGGGUGUCCCACACUAUUAUUGGACUUUUUACCUCUUCCCCAUGGUUCUUGAGACCGUCCUCUUUAGUCUGGCACUUUCAGUUGCCUUCAGACACAUCCGGGAAAGGGGACUUCUAACCGGAGAGUCAGUUUUGGACGUUCUUUUUCGCGACAGCAUAUACUAUUUCAUUAUUAUCGAGUGUGCGUUCAGUGCCAACGUAGCAACAGCAUUUUACGUUACUAGGCACGGCAGAUACAGCAAAGGAGUACUUCACGUUCCUUGGCUGCAAAUCCCCCAAGGGGUCUCUAUUUCAGUCACGAUUUUGGUUGUGUCCAGGCUUAUCCUGAAUCUUCAACAUGUAUACUACCUCCCCAUUCGAAACCAUUCGGUGGUGUCGUCUAUUCAAUGGCGAGGACCCUCCGACGAAGCCGAUCUGCCACUGGAUGACAGGCUGUACACGCUAAAUUCUCCAUUACCUUAGGCAUACAUAUUAAAGAGGAACGGGAGAUUGAUGUAGUCAACGUCGGCCAUGUUCCCUACAAAGGUAUUGUUCUGGUUUGUGUACAGUAUUAUCAUAUAAUGUAAUAAUAAUUCCCACGAGCAACGCAAGGAAAUUUGUUCGGAUUCGCUUGGAGAAUUUGGGGCGAUUGUAAAUAGUGCAGAAUCUCAAAUAUCCC